CAAUGCUAUACGUAUCUAUAUAAGUAAAAAUCCGAACAUCGACCAGUCACUGGUAGAUCCUGGCUGACAAAAGUCCCAUUUACAGAAAAAAAAAUGACGACCUACUGCAUCGUGUUUAGUCUGAUUUUGGUGCUGAACUUCUUUGUGGGAACAACUCCAUGGACAAUAUACGGAGACGAAGUAGUGGCAUUUACUGCAAAGGUCUCCAGGGAUGUGACAUUCGGCAGUCACGACAUUAUCAAAUAUGACGCAGUUAUGACGAAUUUAGGCAAAAGCUAUGAUCCACAGACCGGAAUAUUCACCGCUCCAUACGACGGGCUCUACAGCAUCUCUUGCAGUCUUAUGGCUCACUAUAACAAUGAAGUGCUUUUGAGAGUGGUUAAAAACGGCGGAAAGGUAUCGAAACUCUACUCUGCUUCCAAGACGUAUCCUCAAGCCGGACAAACUCUCCUUCUGCUACUCAAUAAAGGGGACAAGAUCUGGGUCCAGAAUGACAAACCACAGUCAGCAUCGCUCCACGACCAUGGUUCUUAUAACGUGUUUUCUGGCUUUUUGAUCAAAGCUCUGAUAAAAUGAUUUUAAUAAUCAAGUAAAUCAGAUUUUACAUCUGUACACCUUUGAUGUUUAUUCAAGAUGGAAA